AUGGCGUCAAAAUCUAAGCUCCCGUCGUUGCAACCGCGAAUCAUCAAAAGUGGACCGUAUACGGUAGGGGUCGAAGGUGUCGCAAUGGUAGACGGCGAAACCAUUCCCCGUCGUCAUCCUCUGGCCAAGGAACGUCUUCACGAAAGGCCUGAGCCGGAAGUGCAGACCGUCUUCGACAUCCUCAGGCAAGCUGCAAAGAAACAUGGCCAUGCACAUGCCAUGGGCUCGCGGAGAGUGCUUGACAUGCACACAGAAACCAAGCAAACCAGAGAUAGAGAAGGAAAGCUCAUCGAGAAGCAAUGGACAUACUACGAGCUUUCUGACUACUCAUACCUCUCGUAUGUUGAAUUCGAGCAGCGCACACUUCUUACCGGUAUGGCAAUGCGAAGCCUUGGCCUGAGUCGAAACGACCGAAUCGAAAUCUAUGCCGCGACCUCUGCAUUCUGGUUCACUGUCGCUCAUGGAGCUAUCUCACAGUCCAUAACCAUUGUUACGGCUUAUGAUACCCUUGGUGAAGAGGGGCUUUCUCAUUCUUUGAAACAAACAAACGCUCGCGCCAUAUUCCUUGACCCAGCACUGCUGCCACGCAUCACUAAAGUCCUCGACCAGGUUCCACAUAUCCGUGCGAUCAUCUACAAUGAUGUUGCGCCGCAAUCCAUCAAUCAGAACCAUGUGAGCGAGCUUAACAAGGCUCACCCGAAUGUUCGCCUGUUGUCCUUCGAUGAAUUUUUCGAAGCAGGUUCCAAGCUCGCAACAGAUCCUGUGCCUCCCACUGCGAAUGAUCUUGCUUGUAUCAUGUACACAUCAGGAAGCACAGGCUCUCCGAAAGGAGUCUUACUGAAGCACAAAAAUAUCGUUGCUGGUAUCGCUGGUAUCCAGCCCAUCGUCGGGUCCAUCAUAACACCAGGAGAGCGCCUCCUUGCAUACCUGCCCCUUGCGCACAUCAUUGAGUUUGUGUACGAGAACGCAGCAUUGUAUUGGGGUGCCGUCAUGGGUUACGGCAGCCCUCGUACUCUGGGUGACUCGUCAGUACGCAAUUGUGUAGGAGAUAUAGUCGCUUUCAAACCUUCUAUCAUGGUUGGCGUACCGGCUGUGUGGGAGUCAGUCAGGAAGGGCAUUUUGACAAAGGUGAAUUCCGCCGGCUGGCUGCAGAGGAAGCUUUUCUGGGGCGCCUUGUCUGCGAAGGAGAACCUACUGUACUGGGGCUUGCCGGGCGUGGAGUUGCUAGAUGCCCUGGUCUUCAACAAGGUCAAGCAAGCGACUGGUGGGAACCUCAGGGUUGUGAUGAAUGGUGGUGGGCCGAUUGCAGAAUCAACCCUACGCUUCAUCUCCUUUGUCAUAUGUCCUAUGCUGAGUGGUUACGGCUUGACUGAAACUGUUGGGAUGGGCGCCCUCAACGAUCCGAUGGCCUGGACAUCGAGCAAGGUCGGACCUAUACCAGCUUCCAUCGAAAUCAAGCUGGUUGACGUGCCAGAACUGGAUUAUCUGACCUCACAUCAACCAGCCCAGGGAGAGAUCUGGAUCCGAGGCGCUGCGAUCACCGAAGGCUAUCUUGACAACCCUGAGGAAGACGCCAAAGCUUUCCACGAUGGCUGGUUCAAGACAGGAGACAUUGGAGAGUUCGACACCGAUGGGAAUCUCGGCCUCAUUGAUCGCAAGAAGAAUCUCGUCAAGACUUUGAAUGGAGAGUACAUCGCUUUGGAAAAGCUCGAAUCGCUCUAUCGGUCUGCACCGGUGGUGGCAAACCUAUGUGUAUAUGCCUCGCCCUUACAUGCAAAGCCCAUCGCAAUCGUCAACCCCGUACCGACCGUGCUCUGCAAACUAGCCAAAGAAAUCUGUGAACCAGACGAUGACUACACAAAACUCUGCGACAGGCUCAAAGUGCAGUCGGCUGUCUGCAAGACGCUACAGAGCGUAGGAAAGCAGCAUGGGCUACAAGGCAUCGAAUUGAUCCAAGGUGUGGUGCUCAGCGAAGAGGAAUGGACACCGCAGACUGGACUUGUCACCAAUGCUCAGAAGCUGAAUCGCAAAGCCUUGAUUGAGCGGUUUGACAAGGCUAUACAGAAGGUCUAUGCGGAUGCCAAGGACUAA